AGCAGAGGAAACGGUUCGCAAAAUGGAUGCGCGCAAACUUUCUGUUUCUAUUUGACGCGCCGGAGGACUGCGUGACUUUCAGCGUCCCUUCGCGUGGACUGGCCGGGACGGCGCGUGAGCCUCGCCGUCCGGGGGACCCCGGGCGUCCCCGGCCUCGCGCAUAACCCCCGCAUGCUGUCGGCUGGUCGCUCUCUGCUUCCUGGUUGCAAAACACCUUUUUUUUUCUCUCCCUUGAAUAAAUUGCGUUGUUAAUAUAUAAAGGAAGGUUUAUCCGAGAAUUACCCAGUGGCUACGUGGUAAUAUCGCAUGGAAUCUUAACCUUUAAUGAUUUUUUUCCCCCCGGAAUUUUUAUUUUAGUAUUUUCUUUGCUUUUUUGACGUUAUUUUAUAAGAAAAUGGGAAUGUUGCCAGCGAAGGACGGACGCCUCUGCCAAUGCUGCUGUCCGAGAGGAAAAAGGAGAAUUGACUAAAAAGGACAUUUAAAAACAAAAGGAUGGAAAAUGGGAGCAAUGCAGCGGACACAGGUCUGCUGGAACCUGUGCCACUUGAUUCCGAAAUCUUUAAGGGCAAAAUUCUGCCCGUGCUGCAGGAUGGCCACAUGUAUUCCGAGUCUGAACGCAGCUUUCGUUACACCUCUGUGCUCUUGGUGAAUAGCCCUGCCCUGCAGGAGCAGUAUUCCAAGUUCCGUGCUGAGAGAGAAGAGAGCGGUUACACGCAUGAGGAGCUAGAGGAGUCUUUCGGAUUUCUGUUACUCGAUGACGAGAACAAGGUAAACAAUCUGUGUGAAACCGGCUUAGCAGUUGGGCAUAGUGCGUGUUUCACCCUGGGCGAUCCAUCGAAAGGCGUUUAUAUCUCAAAGUACUCUGACUGCCUGGACCUGAACCCCUGGUAUCAGAGGAAGACUGGCUACGUCGUCGUGUUCAAGUUGACCAAGGGUAGGGUCAGAGCCGUCGCGGAGAACUACACCCAGAACUACACCCAACCGACACCAGGCUUCGACUGCCACAUGUCGGAACAGAUCUCCACUGUCUCCCCCGCAACCUGCUCCUUUCUGGCAUACGAGCGCACCCAGUAUUACCUGUACGAGCUGCGCCCCGGGGGCCCCCAGACCAGACGCCCCCGCCACGCGUGUCCCUUUGCUGCCGUGGCAUUCACCUACGGCGAGGCUGUGCCCACCACCUCGGUGCUACAGGAGCAGAGUUUCGGCCUGAACAAAACAGCGGUUCACUACCACCCCUGGAGCGGUCAGCUCCAGGUCGGGUCCCUGGUUUUCCCUGUGGCCCUGAGAUCCAGCGCCAGUGCCGUGCUGCCGUCGCAACUACCAGCUACUUUGAAUAUUGAACAUUUGAUCAGACUCUCGGACCUGAAGAAACUGCUACCACAAGCCAUCUUUGAGACCUGCUUCUGCAGUGAAGUUUGCUUCGAGGGCUGGUACUGCAGUCUGCAUGUGGUUUUCUCAAUGACAGCUGAGGAACAGCUUUCUCAGCUCGCACAGGAACUGAAGGAUAAAGAUCUGGCACUCAUCCUGAGGCUGAAUGACUCAGGCUUCCUGGUUUUCCUACACUCAUCUUUUUUGCUCACCUAUGAAGACAGUAUGUCGCGGCCGGAAGAUGUUCUCCAAGGUCUCUUUGUAUUCCAGAACUCUAGAGUUGUCCAGAAAGACAUGAAAAACUGGAGAUCCAAACUUCUUCUCCCAUCUGAGAUAUUAAAGGCCUUGCCAGGGUUGACCUACGCUGAGGCUGAGGUCGAGAAGUGUCCUUCCAAUCAACAGGCGGCGCCAUGCUACCUGGUGGAAAAGCACCUACAGAACUAUGCUGCCCUUAUCCAGCCGGGGAUGCGUGACAGCCCCUCUCAGGAGGCCAGCAUUUUUCCGGACCAGUAUGACGUGCCGGAUGUAUCCAAGCACCUUCGUAGUGCUCCGGGGACCACGGAAGCCAGCCGUCUGCGUCUCUUGUCAUACCUGAACCAGCCAGAAGACUAUUCCUUGCCCAUAACAAGAGUCAUGGAACUGCUGGAGGUUGGAAAGGAUGAUGAGGUUAUUGACCUAGACAAUGACACAUACUACUGCAUCUCAUCCCCAGAUGAUGCACCUGUUACUGCCACAGGUUCUUGCAAUAAUGUGAACUUGGAAGAGGGGUUGAGUGAGAAUCAGGAUUCCAUUUGCAUGCCUGGGGCAGAGUUGGGAAGUGCGAUAGUGGGAGGAGAGAAAAAGUUAAGGGAAGAACCUCAGACCCUGGUUGGGAAAGAGACUGAGGGGAUGUUUGAUGUGCCAUUGCAACCCCUUCCUUCAGAGGAUCAUGGGAGGCUUAGUAUGUUAGAGUUGGCCAGCCUUGACGGUUCUGUACAGACUUCAGGAACCCUGGCCAGUUCCUCAUUACAGGAAUUGCCCUUGGCCGAGGCCGGGGACACCACCAAGAGGGUAGCACCAUUGUUGAUCGUUCGACAAAUUGGAAAGCGCAAGAGUAGAAGGAGGAAAAGAAGAAAGGGGAAUUUGACCAUUGUCAGUCAGGAGGCCCCUGUGGGUGAGAGUUUCUUGGAGAAGACUGAAUCGGCCACCAUACAGCCAAACACAUUAAAGAGGAAGACUUACCAAUAUGGUCUGAGAACCAUCAUCACUGACUGUGGUAGGGUUUUCAUCCCACAUGGCUCCCAAGACAUUACCAGUUCUACUGUGUCUAUGACAGACACGGAAAGAGUAACGGAUGCUAUAAGCAAAGAAACUGGUGCAAGGACAGAUAGCCCACUCGUUCCGAAUGAGAGGGCAGAUGGUGAACUUUCACCCAGGGAGUGGGUGGAUAAUCAAGCUGUGCUGAUAGAAGCAGCAGAGCAACAUGUGUCACCUUUAGUGAAUGGUCAAGCUCCAGCAACAGAAGGAGCUAGUAGAUUGGCUCCAUCACUAAGGAAAGUAGAUGGACGGCUUACACUCAGAAAGACAAAGCUCAGAGGACAAAUUGUAUCUGAGGAGACCAGGGACAAAGAAGUACAACCUUCUGAGAUAGUGGACCGUGGACUGACUAUAGACAUGGAAGCCCCAUCUAUGGCGGUGACAGUAGAAAAGGGAGAUACAGAAGCUGUUAGCACGGAGGUAGCAAGUGGACAGACUUUGUGCAUUGCCAGGGAAGAUGGCCAACUCCUUCAGCCUAAUGUAGAUUCAGUCACACCUUUCACCUUUCAAUCUAUUGAAAACAGAGGAGUACCAACAAAUGUCCCUCCUCAUACCAACAUCACAGAUAAGAAGCAGCCAGAACUAUCUAUUAGUACAGCCCACCAGAAGGGAAAAAGAAAGAAUCCGCUGUGUCUAAUAAGUCCACUGUUGACUGUAUUAGGGGAUGCUAACGAAUCAGCCAUCCUGAGCAAUGAAGGACCUCGGCCAAAGAGGGGUAAAAGCUGUUUGAGUGAGAAUGAAGCAGAGAAUCUCAACAUCAACUGCGGUAACACUGUGGCUCCAACACUUGCAAACAUUUUGUCUGAUUCUAGCCUGAGAAAGGCUUUGGGCUCGGACCCUGAGCUUGGAGUACAGGUGGAAAGGGCUGAAGGAAACCCCAAGGUAAGGACCUGGCUGAGAAGGGGUAUCCCAAGGAAGUCGGACAUUGCGGAUUCUGAUGGAACACAGUGUAUUCAGAAGAGCCCAAUUCCUGUCACUAUGACAGAGAUUGAGAAACUGGUCAAGCCACUGAAGAAGCAGCUCAGGAACAGGAUAACGAAGUAUAUGAAAGAAAAUGGGUGGUUCAAUUUUGACACAACCGCUUCAUAUGGCAGUGACAAACUAACACAACCCCAAGCCCAGGGACACAAUUCUGCCGCUAGCGGGGAUCGGGGGGGAGGAGGCGUUAGCGGCACCUUGUUUGUGGGCAGUCAUAGUCCGGAAGUGGGCGCCAGCCAGUCCCCCGAUGCACUCACUUUGUUGGCCGAUUUAGCCCUUAGCGCCAGUGAUGAUAAACUCCUACAGGGCCUCAGCCCAGUUCUGGGAGCGAAGCUGGCCCCCGGGGGGCAAAAUUGUGGCACCGGCACAGAUGAUGACACCGUGGCCGGAUCUGUCCUGCACUCCUUGCUGGGACACCCGUUGCCCAAGCGUAGGCCUCGGCGCACUAAGAGGCACUUCCCCAUCAAAUCCCCAUCCCCCAAGGGUGUGAUUGUGACUGGAGAACUAGUUUUGGUCAUUUCUAAAGAGCACUCUUACUCACUGCCCCCCUCCUGUCUGCUGUUGGGUGUGUCAGGUGUGUUUUCACAGGUCCCCCCCCCAGUCCCAUCAGGUCAAACAGACAGCCACUGCGGUAACUCCCCCAUUGUCGUUGAGAAGGGUGGUACCUCCCCAUGUCAAGAGGUAAGAAGCGCACAGGAAAUGCAGCGUCUACCAGCAGAGAGCUCAAAUUGCAAUUCCAAGGGCAGGAGGAAGACAUGUCGAUGCUGGAGAAGAGUGGUGGAGGUCGAUGGUUUGCUACGUAUCACGCGACUGUGGAAGGAAAAGUAUGAGUUUUGUCUAGACAGCAAGUACACCAACAACCCCUUGGAUAAAGCGGUGACACGGGCUCUUCAUGGACCAUGGGAUUCCAGCAUUGAGGAGAAUAUCGAGCAGGUUCACCUUAUCCUUCAUAUGUGGAUUGGUCUGUUCUACAGUAAGUCAACCACCAGGUUCUUUCAGACAGACUCAGAUGGGGAAAUUUUAAGCCCUAACAGGAACCUCCAUGCAGCAAAGACUGCUCUAGAAUCUGGGUAUUCCAGGUUCACACAGGACUUUCACACAACGGAACCUGAGCCUUUGGAUCUAAGAGAAGAAAGGAAAAUAUCAGAAGAACCCUUAAGUCCAACUACAGAAAUUUUAGACCUCUCUCAGAACCAGUUGGACGUAUUAGACCUUAGUGUUCCAAAAUAUGGUAGAGAAGAGAUGUCUCAUGUAGCCAGUGAGAUGGAAAGCUCAACAUCUCUCCAUAAACCUGAUAAGCCGAUUGACCUGGCCAUCACAGAUACAGCCAGCAGAAGCAUGGUUGUGUCGUUUCUUAACAAGGAACGUAGAGGAAGUGUUGAUAGCAUUCUGGAUGAAGAGCCUGAGGAAGAGAGUGGCAACCACAGUGAUUUCCAGAAUGACUGCGGAUUUGAAUUGCAGCACUUAAGUGAACCUCCUCAAAAUGACUUUGUUUAUGAUGAAUUGUGUAGGCAUACAGGACACAUGUACAUUUCCGGAGGAAAAGUCUUAAACAUGACAUGUGAAGGAAAACAGGCCAGGGCAUUUGCAACUGUAGUGGCUAGUCAGUUAUCUGGCAAACUUGGAGGCCAUGUAGAUGGUCUUGGGAAAAAACGUACAACUUACUUACAGCCAUGCAAAUUUACCAGUAUUAGUUUUGUACCUGAUGUAAUCAAGCCACAGCUUGUUGUCACUGACAGUAAUUUACUAGAAGGCACAACCAAAAAGGAUAGCAUUUAUAACUGUAAUGUCUCUAUGCCUGUAGCAGUGCAUGAUGGGAAGGAUCACACUGUUCAACAGAGUGUUGUAAGGCCUGAUGGAAUUGAUUUGGAAGGAGGCAAGGACACUGAAAUUCUUGAGUCCGUACAAGUCGAAGUGUACUCAGACCUACUUGACCAAAGCAGACGAGAGGCAGAGGUACCACCCUGUGAUGGUCAUAACUCCGAUGUAGUUGUAGACUUUGUAGAAAGCAACACUAGCAACCAAAGCAUUGUCCCUGACAAAUGGUCAGAUGUUGAUGAUGUCCGUAACAGUGGCCAGGAUUUCAGUGAUGCGGUUGCCUCUCAGAAGAGCAAAAGCCCAGCUCCAACAUUGGAUGAGUUACCUUGUGAACCUAAACCUUGUUUUCAUAGCAAAGCGCACUCAAACAAAUUAUGGAGUAGUCAUGAUGAAACUCACACUAGCAAUGAGUGCACAUCCACUGGGGAUUUGGGUGGAAUAGAAAUUCCUAACAGCUCUCCAUCAUCUCAGCAAGCUGUUACAGAUAUUCUGACAUGUGUCUUUGAUGCCUCUGUCCAAAAUGCUGACAACAAGCCCAGUCCCGAUAGCACUUCUGAACCCAUUGUGUCCAGUAUUGAUAUGGACAUGGAGAAUGCCUUGCUCAGCUGUAACGAUUCUGGUGUCCUCUGCAGUAAAUCACCUACACAGGUGUCUCAGGAGGGCAGAUCUGUAUCUCCAUUGCACAGUCCCAGUAGAUUACACCCCAGCAGCAGCUAUAGGACAAAUGACCAGAGUAUGCCUACAUCAACCUCUCAGGAGAAUGCCUGUUUGAACAGCAGCUGUAAUUUGGAUGAAAAUCCACAAUAUAAAGAUGGAACAUCUGAUUCCGUGAAUGACUUCACGGUUACACCAGAUUCAUUACACAGUAGCAGUGGUUCUGCCGUUAAAAGGAGCUACAAUCUCCUUAAGAGCUCACAACCGGGACAUACUUCUGACUCAUUAAUGCCAAAUCUUUCUACGUCAAAUCCUCAUUGUAGUGAAUCCAGUAAUGCAGCAAAUAGUCCAGAAAGUUACAAAUCAUCUCUUAAAGACAGGCCCAGUACCCCCGAAUUGUAUUUGCAGCCCUGCUCCAGUCCUGGCAGAAGUUUGAAUUCAUCAGCAAUGUUGCAGUCACCUUCAAACAACACCAAAGUGUCUACAACUAAUCUGACGCAGUGCAACUACAGUGUCUGUUCUGAUAACAAGCACAACCAAACGGAAGAGUCAGAGGUUUCCUUUGAAAAAGAUGUAACCUGUGCAAUAGACCAGUCCAGUGACCAAUCAAGAAACUCCAUAGAUGACCUGUUGGGCAAGGUUCAGGAUGAGUCUCAUUCAGGUGCUAAGGAUCCAUCCAAGUAUAAUGUGGCGUAUGAUAAUCCUGAACCCUAUGAUGAUAGCAUUAAUAUGCCUAUAGACCAUAGUCAAAGUAGGUUGCAUUCAGACCAUAUUUCACUUGAAACUCCACCACAAGAGGAUUUUGCAUCCUGUCCCUCAAGAACAUCAGAGAACUCCGAUAGUUCACCUGAAGAGAACAUCAAAAAUUAUGAACCACAUGCCAUCAGGUCCUCCUCUUAUAAAGAAAUACCAAAUCCUGUUAAUUAUGAUUCUGACUUGUGUAGCAGUCUUUUGCAUCAGGACCUUCACUCAUCCAUUGCUGUGAAGUCCUCUAAGAAUCAGGAGUACAGUUUAGAGGACAUUCCAGCCCUGAGUAGAGUAUCUGAACACACUGUUAGCAUGGAUAACAAGAAAGAUCCCAAUGAUAAAUCAGCUACAGCAGAGGAAAUGAGAAACGUCUAUGAACAGCAAAAUGAGGAAGUUGAGGAUGAAGAGUAUAACCUGCUGGAGAAAGAAAGUUUGAACAGGUUCCCUGCUGAAGAGCGUGGGAGUGAGGACAUUUCUCAGUCUGCCCAUUGUAUCUCAGACCCUUACUUCUCUAUGAAAACUAGUAAGCAUAAAACUGAUUGCAAAAUGAAGAAACGCUUUAGCUCUGUCUACCAAAAAGUGAUAACAGAUGAACAGACUGAUAGAGAAUUCUUGGAUAACAGACAAAAAAACAGUGGACUUAUUUUUUAUAAAACGAGAAUAUCAGAAAGAAUCUCUGACUCACCUAUCACACGUUACACUGCAAACUAUAAACCUGAAACGGAUUGGACAAACUAUUGUAAGAGAAUAGAGACACUGAAACGAAAUAAGCAUCCUGUCAAAGAAGACCAUGGUAUGCCAUCCCAUUCAGCAUCGCCUAUCAUCACAGUGUUUGAUCACAAGGGAAACCGAAUGACAUACGAAAAUUAUCCCAUCGUGAAACCUGGGCCGAGCGGACGUGUCAGGAUGAUUCGGAAUUCCGGCAGUUACCUGCACAACUUUCAACAGAAGUGGGAGGAACUACACCUUGCAAGACCUGACAUGACUCAAGAUACCAUGGACCUAGAGUAUCUCAUCUUCUCUGAGAAAAUGAACCAGAUUAUCAAAAACAAUCAGAAGACCAGCAGAUCCACCCGCUAUUCCUGGAGAAGGCAGGCCAUGUCUGAUGUUGAUGUUACUUCUAAGAAUUCUGCAGUGGGUAUACAUGUUUCAAAGGAGCUCCAGAACACACGGUUACCUCUAAGAAGGUGGAAGAUGAAGGGGGACCGAACAAACAAGGCAUGGUCACGAAAGCGGAAGGCUGUCUCCUCCAUGCCCUGUGAACCACCAUUGUCCUUGCGGAGAUUGUCUCACCUGGACUGCAAGGGUGAUUCACAUCCCGCGGUCUCAGACAUCACUGUUGAAUGUGCCUCGUCGUACCACACAAUAUUGAAUGACAUCUGCUCAGGCAGAAAAUUUCUGCAGCAUACCAGCAAGCCCAAGGAGGACAGUGCUUUGCCACCAUGUGAUACAAGAGAACACAUUUUUGAACAAAUGCAAGAGGAGACCUUCAAGGAUAUGCAGGAAAAGAUCAAUGUUGCGGUCCGGCUGUCCUCCAAAACAAAAUUCAAGUUCUACAUCCUGGUGACUUCAGAUGAUUACUUCUUUGAACAGACAAAGGAGCUCCUGGUUGCAGAAGGUCAUGACUGCAUUGAGCCAGAGGACUUUGACCUGGAGGGGCAGAAACCCACAUCACCGCUUCUCAUCAUCAUAAGGAAUGAGGAUAUUGCUGAGCACAUCUACACGAUUCCACAGCUGCUGGAGCUGAAGAGAUCAGCCAGAGUGCUGUUUGCUGGGAUUGACCGACCUGAUGAUGUCCUUCACCUCACGCACCAGGAGCUCUUCGGCAACGGGGGAUUUGUGGUGUGCAACACGGAUGUUCUGUGUUCCCUGACACUGGACAACAUGAAGCGGCUGGUCCAGGCUUUGGAGGGGCUGAGCAGAAAGGGGAAGUGGCUGUGGUUCCUCCACUACCGGGACAGCCGCCUGCUGAAGGAGAAUGCCAGGCUGAGUACAGAAGCCCGGGACAGGAAGCAGUUCCUUGAAUCCUGCCAGGAGGCCGGCCUGGUCGAGACAGUUCCGUAUCACGACUGUGACAUCAUGUCACGGGAUCAACCCGAUUAUCUUCAGUGCAUGAUCCGACUACAGGCUCAGCAUAUCACAGCCCGGUUUGCCAUCUUCAUAACCGAUGUACCAGAUGAUAAUUUUGAGAACUACGGGAUUUUUGCGAUGGACAUCGACACCUUUCUACGAAUUUCUAGGAGAAUCUCAACACUUGCAGAGUUUUGUGAAUAGUUUUGCAGCAAGAAUUUAAUAUUGGGUAGGCUGUCACAGGAUGGCAUACAGUCAUGUCAAUAUGUACAUAUUUCAGACAUAUUUAUCGCUUGGUGAUGACCUCUUUCCUGAUGGAAAAGUUAAAAAGGGUUAUUUUUCCAAUCUUUCUGGCACAACCACACCACCUGUCGGUGUGAAUACAAAUGACUUCUCAUCAGCAUUAAGCUCCUUGUGCGUAAAGCAGUUUAAAGUUGUAUAAUUCAGGGUUAGGUUCUGUGUGGAUGGCAGAACAACAUCAGCACAUGAUUUUGCUACUCCUCUGCAAGUUGUUCUAUAUAUUUACAGAUGUAUUUGUUUUUGUAUACUGCUUGUAUGCCUCAGGACAGAGAAGGGGCCUCCACGUUCAACUUAGUGAAAUACAAGAAGUCUUAUUGUGACAUUUCAGAGGUCUAUUUUCUGGGUUGUCAGAAGUUAGUCUUUGUAGAACAGAUCUGACUUUUGUAAAUUUUUUUCCUAAACUAAUAAAAGUGUUUUACAGUUAA